AAAAAAAGAAGUGAGCCUUGAAGUCAAGGUUCUUUAUUUCUACCCUCCUGGGUUGGCAACUCAGAUUGGUGCAUCCUUCCUUCCCAGGUGGGCCAACAUUCACCAAGGGCAAAACGGAUUGCUUUUGAGAUUGCAGCUGCAAUUGAUUUUGGAGCUUCCUGCCUAGCAACUUCAGAUCUUGGGAGACUUGGGCCAGGUGUCCUGGUCAAAGCAGAUUAGAUCCCAGUUUGGCCUCCUAUCCUGAUCUAGACAGCAUAGUGAAGUGGGUCCAGACACACCCUGAAGGGCUGGCUGUGUGCAGGAGGCCAAGUGAGCUGCCUGCUAAUGGGGCCGGGCCACCCUGUGCUGUCCCAUGACAGGCAGACAAGGCUAAGAUUGUUUCCCGGCUUCGCCCUGUCUCUCCAUUCUGCCAGGCCUGGCCCACAUCCUCAGCCACUUUCCCCUCUGUCAAUCUGAGUGGCAGGAACCACUCUGCCUAUGGAGUCCAGUCCGCCUGGCUGGGAGCUUGGUCAGUCUCUGGGUAAUGCAGCUCACAUCUGGGGAAAUGGAAGUGAAGCAUCUGCCCACCUUGCAUUGCAUUCCUCACUGAAGCAGAGAUCUCCAGACCCUAUUGCUGAGGGCAAAGAGACUCCUCUCCGGUUCAUCUCGCCCUUUCCCGGGGCAGCUGGGCAGCAGUCAGCACUGGCACCUCCUAUACCUCCUCUUCACUUGGGAUGAAGGGUCUGGGGACCAGGUCAACGUGGAGGUACCGGGCCACCAUGCUCAGUCUCAAGCUGCCUCAACUCCUUCGAGUCCAUCAGGUCCCCCGGGUGUUUUGGGAAGAAGGCAUCAUGUCUGGCUACCGAUGCCCCACAAGCUCUGCCUUAGACUGUGUCCUCAGCUCCUUCCAGAUGACUAACGAGACGGUCAACAUCUGGACUCACUUCCUGCCCACUUGGUACUUCCUGUGGCGCCUCCUGGCGUUGGGCAGCCCGGGCUUCCACGCGGAGCCGUACCACCUACCGCUGCUGGUCUUCCUACUGCCCACCUGCCUCUAUCCCUUUGCAUCCUGCUGCGCGCACACCUUUAGCUCCAUGUCGCCUCGCGCUCGUCACAUCUGCUACUUCCUGGACUACGGGGCACUCAGCCUCUACAGCCUGGGUGAGCUGAGGGCAGUGGAGUGGGGGUGGAGUGCAGAGGGUGAAACCGCAAACCUCAGCUCGCACCUCGCCACAGGCUGCGCCUUCCCCUAUGCUGCCUACUCCAUGCCGGCCUCCUGGCUGCACAGCCGCCUACACCAGCUCUUCGUGCCCGCUGCUGCACUCAACUCCUUCCUGUGCACCGGCCUCUCCUGCUACUCUCGGUUCCCAGAGCUAGAAAACCCCGGGCUCAGCAAGGUUCUCCGCACAGCCGCCUUUGCCUACCCCUUCCUGUUUGACAACCUCCCGCUGUUCUACAGGCUGCGGCUGUGUUGGGGCAGGGCCCACAGCUGUGGGCGGGACGCACUGAGCUGCAGCCAUGGUUACCACCUCCUCUGCGCUCUGCUCACAGGCUUCCUUUUUGCAGCCCGUCUACCAGAGCGCCUGGCGCCUGGGCGCUUCGACUAUAUUGGCCACAGCCACCAGCUGUUCCACAUCUGUGCAGUGCUGGGCACCCACUUCCAGCUGGAAGCCGUGCUGGCUGAUAUGGGGUCCCGCAGAGGCUGGCUGGCCAUGCAGGAACCCAUCCUGGGCCUGGAGGCCACCGUGGCCACCUUAAGCCUGGCAGUGAUUGGGAACCUGCUCAUCAUCGCCGCUUUCACAGCCUCCUUGCUGCGGAGCCCUGGGGCCUGCCCCCUGCUGCAGGGUGGCCCCCUCGAAGAGGAACUCGAAGCCAAACAACAGUGAGGCCCAUUGGCAUGGAGGGAGGCUGAGGCCAGACUUCAUUACUGUGGAGGAGCCCUGACAUGGGCCUGAGAAGGUGGAGGCUAUUCUGAUUCUGAAAGGGUGGCUGCAGAGAAGAGGCUCUCUGGGGACGGGUGGCAGGAUGGAGGCCCCAAGAGGCCAGUGGUGGAGGCCUGCGAGUGGACACAGGUACCAGGCGGGAGCGGAGUGGGAGGUGUAAGGCCUCUCACCGGGCUUCUACCCUGUUGCCCUGGAACCUGUUCACCUCAGGUCACCCUGAAAGCUUGUUCCAUGAGGGCCACAUACCCACCCUGCCCCAGGACCAGACUGCCACGUGUCAGCAACUCUGUCUACACGUGAGCUGCCUGACCUGCUUACCACUGUGACCAGGCCUUUUCUGAUCUGCAUGUCUGGGUGUGUCUGUGUUGGCGGUGAGAUAAUGGAUGUGGUGGGAAUCACUGUGGGGAGGCGGGCUGUGGGACCUCUGGUGCGAUCCAUCACAGAGCAGUAUAAUAAAGACGCAAAUGAACCGGA